UCUUGACAAAAUGGCUGCUGUCAGAUAUUUCCCAUCUAUCCAUGACAAAACAACAGCAAACAAAAAAAUCUGGGCUCCUUUUAUUCCUAAACCAAAACAGCAAAUCGUUCUGCCCAUCAGUUCCACUACAGGCUCUUCUAAGAACUGGAAUGCCGGCGUUGAUAACAACAGUUCAACCACUCAGUGGGUCAACGCUAAAACGCCCUGGAUGACGCUGGGCUGUUUGGCGGUGCCUGAUUAUCAACCUCUGGGAGUCUUCACUGGUACAGCAGAGUAUCCUGGUCCAGCCUCAUCGGGCGAGGCAGAAGAGAUAUGCGAGCUCUGCAUCAGGAUGAAAGAAAUAGAGUUAUGCAACAUGAUAGGAGAAACUUCUGGCAUCCCGGAGUAUACAUUUCUGAGGAACAUCAAGUACUGCGAGGCAAAGCCGAGGAGAAAACUGAAAUGAUGGCCCCAGCAAGAAAGACAAAGUUACAGCUUGUUUAUUUUAAUGAAUAAACACCUGACAACAGUCUUCAUAACCACUAUCAAAUACAAACAUUUCA